AUGGCGUCACGCUUGGCACGAAGCGCCGUCGGCGCUCCCCUCCUUCGACCCGUCCUCGCCCGCCGAGCUGCCCCUACCAUCUCUGUUGCCGCCGCGCGAUACAACAGCAAUGUUCCCGCCGAGGACCCCAAGAAGAAGGCUCAGAGCAUCAUUGACGCUCUUCCCGGUAACAGUCUGCUCAGCAAGAGUGCCAUCCUGAGCUCUGCCGCUGGUCUUUCCAUCUACGCCAUCUCCAGCGAGUACUACGUCAUGAACGAGGAGACCAUCAUCGCCAUCUCGCUUCUCUCAGUCUGGGGUGCCUUGAUCAAGUACGGUGGCCCUGCCUACAGGGAGUGGGCUGAGACGCAGAACAACAAGAUCAAGAACAUCCUCAACAGCGCCCGUGCCGACCACACCGAGGCCGUCAAGGGCCGCAUCGAGGACGUCAAGCAGAUGGGCAGCGUCGUUGAGAUCACCAAGAACCUUUUCGAGGUUUCCAAGGAGACCGCCAAGCUUGAAGCUGAGGCCUUCGAGUUGGAGCAGAAGACUGCUCUUGCUGCUGAGGCCAAGACCGUCCUUGACUCCUGGGUCCGAUACGAAGGCCAGGUCAAGCAGCGACAGCAGAAGGAGCUCGCUCAGUCCGUUAUCGCAAAGGUCCAGAAGGAGCUUGAGAACCCCAAGGUCCUUCAGCAGAUCCUCCAGCAGAGUGUUGCUGAUGUUGAGAAGAUCGUUGCCUCCAAGGCCCAAUAG